AUGCCUACCACAGAUGAUUUUGAUAUUACUGAAACGUAUUUAAAGUUUCUAGAAGAGGAUUCAGAGAUGACUAUGCCUAUAGCGGCUAUUGAAGCUUUAGUUACGCUAGUUAGAGUUAAGAACCCAACAACAGCUGCGGAAGUUAUUAAUUUGAUUAAGUCUGGAGCUGAAGUUCUAGUCAAAUCUAUUCCAAAUUCGGUGUCUCUAAGAGCUGGUUGUGAUAUAUUUAUGAGAUUCGUUCUCAGAAAUCUUCAUUUAUAUGGUGAUUGGGAAAGCACAAAACAACAUUUAAUAGAGAAUGGGCAAUUGUUCGUAUCGAGAGCCAAACUAUCUCGUGAAAAAAUUGCGGAAAUUGGUAUCGAUUUUGUCUCUGAUGAUGAUAUUAUAUUAGUUCAUGGUUACUCGAGAGCUGUUGCUUCUUUGUUAACCCACGCAGCUAAUAGAUUUAUUAGAUUUAGAUGUAUUGUUACAGAAGCUAGACCUACUUCUCAAGGUAAACAAUUUUACGAAUUCUUACAAGAAAAGGGCAUACCUGUAACAUUGAUAGUCGAUUCUGCAGUAGGGUUGAUUAUUGACAAAGUUAAUAAAGUGUUUGUCGGUGCUGAAGGUGUUGCUGAAAGUGGUGGUAUUAUCAACAGAGUUGGUACAUAUUCGGUGAGUGUUUUAGCACAUAAUGCCAAGAAACCGUUCUACGUGGUAACGGAGAGUCAUAAGUUUGUUCGUAUGUUUCCAUUAGCUGCAGAUGAUCUUCCAAUGGACAGAAAAAUUUUAGAUUUUUCUCGUAUUGAUAGUGAAGCUAGUUUGUUGAGUGGUCCAACUAUUGAUUAUACUGCUCAAGAGUAUAUCACUGCAUUAAUUACUGAUUUAGGAGUUUUAACCCCCAGUGCUGUUUCUGAAGAACUUAUUAAAAUGUGGUAUGAUUAA